CGGGCUCUCUGCCCCCGGCCAGGGCACGGCAUCAUGUUGUGCUGGGAGGGCUCUCCUGCGUGGCUCCUCGAAUGGCUCCAUCCCCGCCCGGGGCUGGGGGACAGGCAUGGAUAACUUCGAGUACAGCAUCCAGCUGAACGACCGCGAGUGGGCCGAGUUCUUCCAGGCCUCCGAGGAGUGCAGCCUGGCGCCGGCCUCGCUGGCCACGGCCGAGGAGCAGUGCCUCAGUGACAUUGAGCAAGGGGACGCCUCGGGACGGGACUGUCCCCGCGGCACCGACGGCGUGACCGCAGCCGGGCCGGGCGGCGAGCCAGCAGCGCCUGGCACGGCCGGCCCCGUCCCACGUGGGCUGCCCGGUGACACCGCCCCGCGCCCGCCGCAGCGUGGGCACCCCUGCGCGCCGGAGCUGCUGUCGGGCAGCGAGGACGAAGCGGAGCUGGGCUCUGUGGGCAGGUUCCUGUGCCAGCACAGCGACCGGCCCGGCUGCCCGGCACCCGCUGCCAUGCCCAGCGCCCAGAGGAGGCAGCCCCCGCGGCCACCCGCGGCCGCCCCGGCCGGUGGCACAGCGCAGGGCGGCGCCGGGCAGGACGCGGCGGGUGGCGGCGGCCGGGGGCGGCCGGGCCGUGGAGCCCCCCGGACCCCCCGAGCAGGGCGGGGAUGCAGGAGGGGGACAAGCCCUGCUGGCGCAGCCAGAAGCUCCGGCAGCCCCUGCCUGGGCCGAGAAAAGCGCUGUCCCCUCGGAGCCCGGGCUGCGGGGACCCGCGGGGGACCCCCCGAGCCGUCCCUGGGGACGGGAGCCAGGGUGGCAGCGGACGAGGAGAAGGCGGGCACGGAGCCGAGCUCGCCGGGCGGAUCCCCCAGCGUGGUGAGGCCCAAGGUGCCGGCGCAGCCGAGGAAGAGCCGCAAGCAGCGCGGAGCCACCGAGGGGGACCGGGACCCUGCGGCGGCUGCGGCACCGGGCGCCGCCGCGGCCGGGAAGGCUCCUCCGGGCUCCCCGAUGUCCCCUCGGAAGGGCAGAGGGAAGGACAAGGCGGCCAAGGGAGCGCUGGUGAGGCUGGGCAGCGAGGAGGCUGCGGAGAACAAGCGGGCGCCGCCCGGCCCCGGCGUGGAUGGCGGCGAAGCCGGGACCGCUCCCCCGAAGCCCCGGGGCAAGGAGCCGGGGCCGCAGUCCCCGGGGAAGACAAAGGCCACCAAGUCCCCAAAGGCAGGGCAGGCCGGUGGCUUGGGCGUACGUGACAGUGUGCCCGGCGAGGGAGCCGCGGCCACGCGGGGAGAGGCGAGCCAGGAGAUGCCAGGGAAGCCUCUCCAGCCCGGGAGCGCGGCAGCGUUUGGAGGGAAUGCUGCUGAGGGGGCUGGGGGGGAGCCUGCGGCUGAGAUGCCCAGGGCCGUGAGCCCCCUGUGCUUUGCUGAGGGGGCCUCUGGCAAGCCCCCCAACUCUCUGGAUGUGACGUGGCCCGAGAUGUACGAGUACCUGUUCUGCGAUUCCCAGGAGGAGGAGGAGCUGGGCAGCUCCCUGGAGGGGCGCAAAUCGCCCUUGCUGAGGGAAAUCUCCUGGCCCGAACUGUACGAGUAUUUUUUCACCGAGCCAGAAGGAAGCAGGAAAAAAGGCAAAGCUAAAGACAGGAAAAGAAAGAAGUUCAGAGGCUUGGACCGCCCCGGGCUGCACAAGGAGGCUCCCAGCUCUGCUCCAGACAAGGACACCGUGGUUAUCUCAGUCCCUGAUGUUCAUGAACGCUUCUUCCCAGAGCCAGCCCCCAACAGGAUGGGCUGGAGAGGGAUUUUCUCCGUGGCUCCGGCCUCCGAGGUGAAGAAAGCUGUGGGGGCUUUGAGGUCCCUGCUGCAGGGGCAGGGGCAGGCGGGAGGAGGCCGAGCCCCAGCCUCCCAGGCCCUGGUGCCCAGAAGAUCCGGAGAGGAGCUCGCCCUGGUCCCGCUGGGAGGAGCCCAGGUGUGGCCAGAAGAUGCAGACAGGGCCCUGGCACUGAGAGGAGCAGCAGAGGACCCCCGGGUGCUGAGCCACAAGGACAUGUGCCUCGUCUUCUGCGCCUUCGCCUCCUGGGCGGUGAAGACAUCUGACCUGCAGGCUCCGGAUGCCUGGAAGACCAUGUUCCUGGCAAGCUUCGGCACCCUCUCGGCCAUCCGCUACUUCCGAAGGCAGGUCAGGGAAGGGCACCCCCGGACUUAACCCCGAACGCGCCGGAGCCGCUGCCCGGGGCCGGGACUUUGUUCGGGACAGUGGGAGAAGCCUGGAGCCGGCACCCAGAGCUUCCCCGGCCCCAUCCGCGACGGGACACGAUGGCACAGGGAGCGGGAGCCUCCCGGGGACGGGGACUGACGGUAGGACAGGACACGACAGGGGCCGGCAGUGCCCGGGGGCUGCUCCGCUGGUCCCUCGUCCCCGCCGGAGUGGCACAGGAGGCGCAGAGGAAGCAGGGAUGGGCUUCAUCCCGACCAAAGAGCCGGGAUGUCGGUGAAGGAGCUUUGGGAAGAGCUUGGCUGAGCCUGGGCUGGGCAGCAGCCCCGGGGGAUGCAGGGGCCGCUGCCUUGGCAGAGCCCAGCGCUCCCGUGACCGCUUCGAUGGCUCCAGGAGGGUCAAACCCUCUCGGGUUUCACUCCGAGAAGUCCCAGCUCGGCGCAGCAGCUCGGGAUGAGGUUUCUGGCUCCGUCCCCGGGGACAGCUGGGCAGGGACACGGCCCCAUCGGGGUCACACGGGGAAGGGGCAGCCGGAGGGUCCUGCGGGGCUGCGCAGGCUUGGAAGGGCAGCAGGGACAGGGGCUGAGCUCAGGGAGGUCUCAGGAAGGGGACAGGAGGAUGUUGGAGAGGAGAGAGAAGGAGGUGGGCAGGUUUGGCUGUGCCAAUCAGCAGGGAAAGGCUCUGGAUGUUUGAUUUAUUUCCUUUUGUGCCUCCCGUCCUAGAGAGGCAAAGCUGGCUGGGGGAGAUGCGGGCUGAGGGGAGUGUGGGAGCUGUGGAUUGGAAACUGGGGGAGGAAAAUGAAAUGGUUCUGUUCCUCCUCUCCCCAGUGCCUCCCUCGGCACCCCAGGGCAUUAUUGAGGAGGAAUGUCCUCCCCUCACCAGCCCGGUGGCAGCACCAGGGCUCUGCCCGGUGUUUGUGGGGUGACAGCAGAGAGGGGAGGCUUCUGUCCUGGUGCUGAAAGGCUUCGGGGGCUGCAGGGCUGGGGAGGUUUCUUCCCUCGUGCUGAAAGGCUUCGGGGGCUGCAGGGCUGGGGAGGUUUCUUUCCUGGUGCUGAAAGGCUUCGAGGGCUGCAGGGCUGGGGAGGUUUCUUUCCUGGUGCUGAAAGGCUUCGGGGGCUGCAGGGCUGGGCUGGAGGCCGGGGGUCGCUGCUGAGAGGAGGGCACAGCGGGAUCGGGGACUGGGGGUUAGGGCUGGGCAGGCUCUGCAGGGCCUGGAGCAGCUGAACGCCCACCGAGAGGGCUGCUGCGGAGGAGGAGAGCAGAUGGAAUGUGCUGGAAGCUUCUAAUAAAGUUCUAUCUCAUUUACUA